AUGAACAGCUUCUAUGAGAUUGAGCCGAGGUACUUUGAUUACUGGAAUCGCCACUGUGAACCCAAAGCAUGGCGUGUUGGACUUGGAUCUCUUUGUUUGGCUGAGCCACCAAGUAUUAAAUUUGAAUUUGAAUCCGAAAACUAUCAGAAACCACCAUACAUGCAGAUGCAGUGGCUAGAUCAAAAGGUAGCUGAUGGAAAAUCAGUUCUUUACGUAGCAUUUGGAAAUGAAUCAGAACUUGACGACGGGUUUGAAGAGAGAGUGAAAAAAAGAGGAAUUCUAAUGAGAGAUUGGGUUGAUCAGAGGGAGGUUCUUGGGCAUCAAAGCGAUCAAGUGUUUCUGAGUCACUGUGGUUGGAACUCCGUGAUAGAGAACAAAUGUGCAAAGGUUCAGAUACUGGCUUGGCCGAUGAUGGCGGAGCAACCACUCAAUGCUCGGAUGGUGAUGGAGGAGAUCAAGAUUGGUCUAAGGGUAGAGAUAUCCAAUGAAUCUGUGAAAGGGUUUGUGAAGUGA